AAUACUAAGGAUAUUGGAGGUAUAUGGGUUUUCUUCAUCAAUUGCCAGUGCUUUUGCCAACUCUAUUAAUUUUAUGAGAACGCUAAAUUAGAAUCCUCAAUACAUGUUUGUACUUAUGGCAUUAUAACAGAAAUAUUAUUUGUUAAGACUAGCAGUCAUAGAAGCAGUAGUCACUUAAUAUAAUUUCUCUAUAGUAAUAUUUUUUUCCUUUAUUUAGAAGCAAUAAGAGUGAGAGGAUUUGAAAAAAGAGGGAAAGUUUAAAAAUUUUAUGUGAGACGAUGUGAUGAAACUACCCUAAUACAAGCCCCCAUUUCAUGCUUGGAUAAUUGCAAUAGUCUUAUUGAUAGUUCUGCAGUUUUUUUUUAGUCUUUUUACUCAUCCUUCACUCAGUUGGCAAAGUCAUUUUCCUUAAAUAUAGAUCUGAUCAUGUCACGGCUUAAUAAGCUCCAAUGGUUCCCUAUUACCUUCAGAAUUAAGCAUAAAAUCUCUGUUUAGCAUACAAAAUCCUUGAUAUGGUGCCUCUAUACCUUUCUAAUCAUCUUACACUUUACACAACCUUCAGCCCUCCUCCCAUCCAAUGCCUCUGUAAUCUAGUGACAUUGGCCUCUUCUGUUCCUCAAACUAGACAUUCCUUUGGCUCUGGGCAUUUUCCCUAGUUGUCCUAUAAAUGUGAAAUGCUUUCUCUUCUCAUAUCCACCUCUUGGAUUCUCUGGUUUCCUGUAUUUCCUACCUAAAAUCCCAACUUUUAGAAAAAACCUUUCCAAAUCUUUCUUAAUUCUAGUGCCUUCCUUUUGUUGGCUGUUUCCAAUUUAUUUUGAAUAUAAACUAUUCAUAAGUACUGUUGGCAAGUAGUCUCCCCCAAAAGACAGUGUGCUCCUUCAAAGCAGAGCUUGUGUUUUUUUCUUUCUUUGUAUCUUAAUUGCUUAGAUACCUAGUGCCUAGUACUAGGCACAGAGUGGCACUUAAUAUUUAUUGACAAUUUAAAAAUGCAUCACAAAUAUUUUUAAAUGCAAGCUGAUAUUAUUCGCAUUCUUAUAGUACUUUAAGGUCUACAAAGUGAUUUCCUUGCCCAACUAUUUUCCAUGUGAAGAACUGACACUGAGAGGGCCCAGUAAGUAGCCUCAAGGCUUCUGACUUUUCUGACUGUCACAUCCAGUACUCGUCCAGAGUUCCUGUUUAGCAUUUUUAAACAUGCCGGCGUUCCACCUCUUCAAAAGGAAAUUCAUUUUCUUUCCUUACUAUAUUAACUUGUUCCUGAAUAUUUAAAACCAAUUUAAAGACUUAAAAGAACUAAAGCACCAUUUCGUUCAUUAUGAAGCAGCAGAAGCAAUCGCAGUGCUUGAAUCCUUUCCUUCGACGAAGAAAACUUGUUAUAUGCUGAUAAAAUUCGCAAAACGAGAAAUAUGAAAAAAUAUUUACGAAACAAAAUUAAAUGCUGGGCAAUAUAGGAGCUGCUUUUUUUUUUUUUUUUUUUUUUUUUUUUUUUUUACAGCAUAAAGAUCAUUUUUACUUACGCUUUCGUGCCACAUGAUGUCGCUGUCUACCACGGAAUAUCACUAGCACUCCCUUUUAGGGUGUUGGGGGAAGGCUCUAUUUUGUAGUUAAAUGAUGCAAAGCAAUGGCGGAUGCUGCAGAAUGAGUCUGGAAGAAACGGACACCUAUUUUUAACUGUAUUCCAAGAUUUGAGCUAUCCUUUGGAGUAUAGCAGAGUGGUUUGCGAUGGUGUUUUCCUGGGGAGGAGACUGUGGAGCCCAGCAGUUGCUGCUCUUCUUUCUGCUCCACACAUCCUGGGAGGUGGGGAGCGGCCAGAUCCAUUAUUCGGUGCCGGAAGAAGCGAAACACGGUACGUUCGUGGGGCGCAUCGCGCAAGAUCUCGGUCUGGAGGUCGGGGAGUUGGUGUCAAGGCUGUUCCGGAUUGUGUCCAAAGGCCGCAGGGAUUACUUGGAGGUAAAUGUGCAGAAUGGCAUUUUGUUUGUGAAUUCUCGGAUCGACCGGGAGGAGCUGUGCAGCCGCAAUCCUGUUUGUAGCAUCCAUUUAGAGGUGAUCGUGGACAAGCCUCUGCAGGUUUUUCAUGUGGAGGUGGAGAUCAAGGACAUCAAUGACAACCCUCCUAUAUUUCCAGUGAAGGAACAAAAAUUGUUUAUUCCCGAAUCCAGGUUGCCUGAUUCAAGGUUUCCUCUAGAGGGAGCCUCAGACUCGGAUAUUGGCUCUAAUGCCUUACUUAGUUACAGGCUUAGCGCCAGUGAUUACUUCAUUCUAGAAAUAAAAUCAAAGAAUGAUCAAAGUAAAUUGGUCGAACUGGUGCUUAAAAAACCACUAGAUAGAGAGGAAGUUCCCGAACAUCAUUUAAUACUAUCAGCCACAGAUGGGGGCAAACCCGAACUCACGGGCACAGUACAGCUGCUCAUCACAGUCCUGGAUGUGAACGAUAAUGCCCCCACUUUCGAACGAUCAGAAUACGAAGUGAAGAUAAUGGAAAAUGCGGUCCCCGGAACCUUAGUGAUCAGACUGAACGCCUCCGAUGCAGACGAGGGCACCAAUCGGGAGAUUUUAUACUCUUUCAACAGUCUCACUCCACCUGUGAUUAAAGAUAAGUUUCACAUAAAUCCAGAUACAGGAGAAAUUUCAAUUCAAGGACACUUGGAUUUUGAAGAUGUUAAUUCGUAUGAAAUUAGAGUUGAUGCAACAGAUAAAGGAACUCCUUUAUUUAUUGGUCAUUGUACGAUCCUGGUGGAAAUCUUGGACGCCAAUGAUAACGUCCCUAAUAUCUCAGUAACGUCGUUGUCGCUGCCUGUCAGAGAAGAUGCCCCUCCUGGUACAGUCAUUGCCUCAAUCCGUGUGUCUGACAGAGACUCUGGUCCCAAUGGGCAGGUGACUUGCUCACUGUCAUCCCCUGGGCCCUUCACUCUGGUGUCCACCUUCAGAAAUUACUACUCGCUGGUGUUGGAGGGUUCUGUGGAUCGCGAGAGCGUGCCCGCCUAUGAGCUCGUGGUGACUGCGAGGGACGGCGGGAAGCCAGCUCUCUGGACCACUGCCAGCGUGUCUGUGGCCAUCGAAGACGUGAAUGACAACGCGCCUGCCUUCGAGCAACCUGUGUAUACUGUGUUUGUGAAGGAGAACAACCCUCCGGGACAUCACAUCUUCACAGUGUCGGCGUCGGACCCGGACGCGCAAGAGAACGCGCUGGUGUCUUACUCUUUGGUGGAGAGAAGGGUUGGGGAGCGUCCACUGUCUAGUUAUGUGUCUGUGCACUCGGAGAGCGGGAAAGUGUACGCCUUGCAGCCCCUGGACCACGAGGAGCUGGAGCUGCUGCAGUUCCAGGUGAGCGCCCGGGACGCGGGCUUCCCUCCUUUAGGCAGCAACGUGAGCCUGCAGGUGUUUGUUCUCGACGAAAACGACAAUCCUCCCGUGGUUCUGCCCCCUCACUCAGGGUCCGGAGCGGCUGGGGUCGCAGCCACGGAGUUGGUGUCCCAGUCGGUGACAGCGGGCCACGUCGUGGCCAAGAUCCGCGCAGUUGACGCGGAUUCCGGUUACAACGCGUGGUUGUCUUACGAGCUUCAGCCUGAGUUGGGCGUCGGUCGCAACCCUUUUCGGGUGGGGCUGUACACUGGCGAGAUCAGCCUAACACGGGCUCUGGAGGAAUCUGAUGGGCCGAGGCAGACGCUGCUGGUGCUGGUGAAAGAUCAUGGAGAACCAGCCCUGUCUACCACAGCCACCGUGCGUGUAUCAGUGGUGGAGAAUGGACAGACCUCAAAGACUUUUUCAGGGGCUUCCGGAAUCUCGGCAAAAGCUGGCAUGGGGAAAGAGCCUGCGUUAGUGGAUGUGAAUGUUUAUUUGAUCAUCGCCAUCUGCUCAGUGUCCAGCCUGUUGGUACUGAGUCUACUGUUGUAUGUGGCACUUCGGUGCUCCUCGCCUCCACAGGCUUCCUAUGGGCCCAGCAAGCCCACGUUGGUGUGCUCAAGUGAAGUGGGGAGUUGGUCUUAUUCUCAGCAGCGGCGGCAGGUUUGCUCUGGAGAAGGGGCGGCCAAGAACGACCUCAUGGCCUUCAGCCCUAACCUCCCUCCGUGUCCUGUUUCUGGAGAAAGAGGCCAGAAGCAGGAGGCUGGCCUGGACAGCUCAGGGAAGCCAAAACAACCCAAUCCUGACUGGCGUUACUCUGCCUCUCUGAGAGCUGGAAUGCACAGCUCUGUGCACCUGGAGGAAGCCGGCAUUUUGCGGGCAGGGCCAGGAGGCCCUGAUCAGCAGUGGCCAACUGUGUCCAGUGCAACACCUGAACCUGAGGCAGGAGAGGUGUCACCCCCUGUAGGAGCUGGUGUCAACAGCAACAGCUGGACCUUUAAAUACGGACCAGGCAACCCCAAGCAACCUGGCCCCGGUGAGUUGCCAGACAAAUUCAUUAUCCCGGGAUCUCCUGCAAUCAUCUCCAUCCGGCAGGAGCCACCCAACAGCCAAAUUGACAAAAGUGACUUCAUAACCUUUGGGAAAAAGGAGGAGACCAAGAAGAAGAAGAAAAAGAAGAAGGGCAACAAGACCCAAGAAAAAAAAGAGAAAGGGAACAGCACCACUGACAACAGUGACCAGUGAGGGAUCCAAUGGAACAAAGCCACUUAGCCAGUUUUGUAAUAAUGGCAAAUCUCUCUUAUGUAGCAACUCCUGACUUUUUCCUCCUGUCCACACCAGUCCUAUCUGUACAGAUCUCAGAAAACAACAGAAAGUUCCCGGUGUCUGUCUAGAUCACAUAGAACAGGUUUUGUCUUAAAAGCUUUACUCACUCUGAUGUUAACUCUUUCUCUCCACUCUGGCUUGUUUUCAGAAUCUAAAAAGCAGACCCAAGUUUCCUUUCUCCUCCGCCGCAAAGGAGAGGCCUCCCAGCCCCACCCGUGAGAGGUUGGACCCUUAGCCUUGUGCUCCUGGAAUCCUGUCUUGAUGGCACUUACAGGGCAGGCUGAAAGGUUUUCAGAUUGGGCAGUCCGGGCCUUCCUUUGGAUGUGUGCCUGUGCAUGUGGGGGUGGGGGUGGGGGUGGGCUUGGAGGUAUGCGGGGGUGUACGGAUGCGGUUCCAGAAGUCAUUGAGAAAAGGCAAAAUUAGCUUAUUUAGUAUGAGAAGAGGUAGAGAAAUGAAGAAACAAAAUGAAUCAAGAGUUCUGAACUGUUCAGGCCAGGGAGAAACCUGAGAAAGAAGUGACUAGAUUUUCCAAACUUAGUGUGGAAUAGGUAAAGAAUCUUUAAUGGCAGGAGGUGGUCCCCAUUCUCCAGACAAAACUGUAUUCUGCCCCCUUGACCAUUAGCUUAUUUAUACAUUAUUAGAAGUCCUGGGGAAAAAUUGACUAUGAUGUCUUUCUAAAACUUUCAUUAUGCUGGAAAACCAGUUCCUUAGACCCUUAACAGGAGGCCAGUCAGAUGGACACAUUGGGAAAGUGAGUAGCAUGGAUAUUGCUUCCUAUAUGUCCUUGUCCUCACAGUUAAACAUUCUUUUGCACACAAUAUUUCUGAAAAGGCCAGAUCCUUUUCCCAUAAUACAUAUGCAAAAAGGAAAGAAAAAACCCCAACACCUCACUUUAUCUAUGCUCUUUGUUAUUUGAUAAGAUUUAUUUAGAUGUAAAUGUUGAAAAACAAAGAUGAUAAAAUAUGAUUUCCCCUUACCCCAAAAAGAAAAUUAAAUCUACAGCCAUUAGAAACAAUCAUUGCUGCUACUGAAGUGCUUUAGAGAAAUUGCCUGAAACAUCUGUAUUAUAUCGGCCACCUGCCAAUCACAGCUUUACUCUAUCAGGUCACUCUGGGACUGCCUCUUGCAUGUAUUAGUUACUAAUCCCAAGGAUCCCUAUCCUUUUAAAAAAUGUUUUUUAUGUGCACUUUGAUUACACAAUCUUCUUCAAUCAACUGUCCUAAGACUCAGAAAUGAAAGAUAGUUGUUGUUUUCUCAGACAUACAGAACACACUUACAGAUCCUGUAAUUCUGUGAAUUGUCUUGGUGCGCUAGCUGACAACCUUUCCUUUGGUUUUGUUUCCCUUUUUUCUAUGACACUCUGAAUUGCUGCCCUUACUACUACUCAUGAUGUAAAAUCCAACUACUGUAUGUAUGCUGUAUGCUCUUAUAAAAAUCCUGAAAUAUACUUACUCUGUGCUUGUGUAUGUGAAUGUCAAUGCAACUAUUACCUAGAGUGGACUUUAAGCUUUAUUGUUGAAUGUAACCCCAUUGCAUUUCUUUUUUGUACACAUGUGAAAAAAGUGGAAUAGUGUUCAUUUUUUUGGGGAAAAAAACACUACUGUUAAUCAAUUUUUGUGUAUGAAAGACACAGUAAAAUAUCUUUCUUAAAUCGAGAUACUGGUGAUUCAAAGAAUUUUAUUUAUGGUAAGCCAAAAGCCCUUCCUUGUCUUUUGCCAGGAGUCCAGCUGUUGAGGGAUUGGAUGAAGAUUUUUUUUGAAAGUAACAUUUCUGGAAGGAAUUCAGAAGAUAAUUCCCUGUGGGUGUGUGAGCACACAACCAAACAGUUUGUGAUCUCCAUGAAUACUGAAAUUUUAAGACUCUCUGUUAUAUCCUCUCAUAAAGAAUAAUCAAAGUUAAUGUCAUUCCAGCUAGAACAUUUUAAGUUUGUUGAAAUGUACAAAUUAGAUGCUUGAUCAAUUAUUUUUGCUCUAGAACUCAUUGACCUAAACAAAAAAGAUAGGAAUCUGUUAACCAAGUUCUCCAUCUCCCACGAAGAAUUAUUUUCUGUUUAUGAUUGAGCUUUGAUUCUCCCAUAUUUUGAAGGGUGUGUAAAUUCAGCUGUGUAGGUUUGCAUGGGGUAAAACAGGUUGCCAGCAUAUAGAAGUCAUGGCUACAUUCUAGGUUCCGACAACUUUGCCCCACUCAACCCCAUGUACUUGACCUUACGUGCCUUCUGAAUAAUAGGAGAAUUGAGCUAAUUUGUUAAUGAUAAGAAUGAUGAUAAAUCUGUGCAGCACUUUUUAUAUCAAGAAAGUGCUUUCCAAUCUUUUGUUAGUUACCAGUUAUUACAGCUGUAAGGACAAAACAGCAUGUGGAUUCAUUUUUAAUUGGUGCUAUUGGUAUUUCCUAUGUUAUUGCUAAUAAACAGAUAAUGGUAUGUAUGCAAGAAA